AUGAACAGAAAUAUUCUAUUUGUUUUUGGAAUUUUAACGCUGCUUACCAUCGCUGUAUUUUUAACGGACAGUAGCAAAUCCCGAUUCAGAUUUCAUGAAAGGCGGUUCUUGAGGAGGCUUAGACCAACAGCAAAACCGACCAGAAGAUAUCGUACUCCGGUGCGUCAGGAUCAAAAUAACCAACAAAGCGAUAGUCGACAUGGUUUUAAAAAUCGAGAGGACGUCCAUGAAUAUUAUGAUGAUAUCUACGAAAAUGGUUAGUUAAUUUAGAAGCCUUAGAAACUUAGCCCGUGAAAACAGCUGACAUUCCGCGAUGCCACUACUUAUUUCCCCGCGAAAUGACGUCUGAGAAAUGAGCGCAGAAAUUCCAUACUGAUGACGUGAACUACCCCGGUCUGGAGAGUGCUUCUGAUUUGUCGUGGCGAGAGGGACAUUUGCUUUAACCAAUCAGAAGAACUACCCAGAUAUGGGUAGUGACACUUCACCAGUGUGGAAUUUCUGCAUUCGUUCGGCUCAGAGGUCAAUUCGAGGGGAAACUAGUGGUGUCGUCACGAUAUGUCGGCUGUUUUCUAAUGCUAUGAAAAUUGUACUUUCCUAUCGAUCCUUGCUAAGUGAUGAGAACCAGUCGACGAAUGCAGCACGACGUGUAUGUGAAGAUGAUGUUACGACAAAAAUCAGGCGUUGAACAUAACAUAUGUGAGGUAAAAUGUUCCUUCGGAACGAAUUGUAGGUGUCAUUUGAGCUGUCAGUGGUGACGCUGACAUGAAAACGAGUCGACUUGGUCUUCUUCCCUGAAUACACCGAUUUUAGAAAGACUGAAGUGUAUAUAGUCUAUCUAACCGAGGCUGAAUGGAACAAAAAUUACGAUAAAAAGAAAUGAUCCACAAAUGAUAGGCAGCUGCAAACUGUAAAAGCGGCUCAGUGAAAAUAAUAGAUCGAACGGGUUGGUUCAAUUUCGGUUCAGUAAGUACGCACUGUUGCGCAGUAUUUCUGGGCCCUUUUCUUUCAAUAAACACUGUUCCGCGGAAUUUUAAAUUAGCCCGUUUCACUUUUUUCGCUCAGCCGUUCUUAAUGAGUUGCCGUCACGCAGCGUUGCGUGACGGCACAAAGAACGGCUGUGGAGUGGACUGUAUUAGAGUGAUGUUACGCUUCUCUUACAUGGAAAGGCAAGAUUUUCCUGGAAUCCGUGUUCCAGCAUUUUCCUCGCUAGCAAAGCUCUUUUUCUAUGUAUAUAAGAAAGAAUAGAUGAUCAUGCAGCUGGCUCGAUUAUGGGUGUUGUGAUAUCUCUUGAAACUCAAUUGCUCUUGGAACAAAAUGAAACAAACAAACUUAAGAAAUAAAUUAUACCAUUGUAUAUACGGCUUUAUUCGUGUCCUUUCGGCCGCGCAAUUUGAGCGAUGUUUUUGUAUAGAUAUAUCAAACUUUGAAUGCCGAAUUUCACAAUUUACUCACCCAUAAUUUAUCGGAUCUAUCUAUGCCGUAAAUUUUGUUAUUUUCUUUUAAAUAUGUUAUUUUUUGUGCUUGUAUGCGUAGGUGAUUUGUUUUAUCCAGAAGACACAAGAUCUGAAGAAAGAACGCUGUUAAGAUGACUGCGAUAUAAAUAUAGUUUUGUAAAUGUUUAAACUAAUUUAUUGUAUUAAUAAAACAGUUAUAAAAUCAAAGCGAUGUAUGGGCUGAAAGUUCAUUGAAUUCGAUUCGGCUCAUGUUAAAUACGGCUUCUGAAUUAAUCGUUUUAAGUAUGAACGCCUGGGAAUCCGAAUUCCCUAAAUUGUACAAAUCCAAAACCAUUUGUGAUAAUCAGGAAAGAAAUCAUCUCUGGUGUAAACGAAGACUUAUAGAAAAUUGUUCCGAAAUCAGCGUGCAAGAAAUCCCUCCGAGUUAUUGUCAGUAAAAAUCACAUGUGAGACAAACGAUACCUCAAGUAAUUAUUAUUUGUUUACUUCAUCACGAUGAAUAACUAUUUCCUUAGAACAUCGAACUUUUCUAGUUUUGCAUUCCUUUUUCGACUAAAAUAACUUUUUCUUGAUUUCUGGUAAAAAAAAAAAAGAGCUAGUCAAGAGUUCUAUUAUUUGUUUUGAACUCUAUGAGACUGGAUUGGUAAUCUUUGACUGUUUCAUUUUGUGAAAAUGUUGUUUUAUAAACAAACCAAGGUGAACUUAAAUUAGUGUAAAUUUCCUAAGUUGUAUAGAAACGUGUGCCAAUGGUAAUAAAAUAAAAAGACUCAAUGCAUGCUGUGCAUGUUUAGCCGGCUAACAUACAGCGUAUCACCUGCCUGGAAUUAAUAGAACAAAAUUAGCACAAUAAGUCAUGAAACCCCUGUGAAAUGUUAGUACUUCUAAAAAAUAAUAUUAUAUACACUUAAAACUUCAAAAAAAGUCCAUUUGCGAUUCAGCUUCUGGUACUUUCUAUACUUUCUUCACUCUCCUAUAAAACCGGCCUACCGUGUUGAAUUGUGCGUUUUUAAACUUCGAUUCUGUGGUGUAACAACUCUUUUACGUUUAGUGAACUGCGCUAGGACCGCGUGGUUUUGGAAUAUAGUAAAUUACUACGUAUCAAACGUACCUUUAUCCAAUAAUAUACUUCUGGAAAUUAUACCUCAAGUGGGAAUGAACUGGACAGGAAAGUAUACGAUGUAUGGCUCUAAAAACCUCUUCGUUCACAUGAAAAAUGUUAUGCUGUCAGCAAACAAGAUGAAACUUCCAGUUGGGUUAGAUUGAGAAUAACGCUGCUGACGUGAAUAAUAAAAUUUUUAUAGGUCUUUCUUGGAUAAGCAUUUUUGUGAUAGUGGUAACCGCUGGAGUCCCAGCUGGAAGCAACGCAGGUAAAGUCUAACUCAAACAAGAACAACAGAAGCGUUCUUUGAUAAUUUAUAGAGUACGUGAUGCCUCCUUUCAGUUUGUCAGCGUUUGAGUCAGUGAUUUCCCUCAUAUGUAUUAAGAACGUUUUCUCCUUUUUUUGCAGACCAAAGUGUCUGCCGAAACCAAAAACACAAAAAAAACAAAUGGUAAACUUCUAACAAACUUUCAACCUCACGCCGAGGAAUCCUAGUUUAGUGCUUUGGAUAUUUAGAAGCCAUCAGACGCGCCAAGAACUUCACGAGGGUUUGCAACGCGUUUGUUCCAUGGUAUUGCACAGGAGUCGGAAACUUUUCGUUUUCUUUUACAGCUCGGAAAAGGCCAUGGUAUUAUCCCAACUAAAAGUUUGUUGUUGUAUCAAAGAUAACACAAAAUCUUAGUCAUCUUUUACAGCGUUUUCCAGUGUAUGGGUGAUACUUACUACAAAACUCUGACUUCCACUUGUAGUUAAUAUUGUCUCCUUAUUUUGUUGGAUACUGUUUCACGGGUAUUUUUUUUGCAAUUCAAGGUAUCUGCUAUUAAACCAAGCAAAUUAAAUUUAAAGGAAGAGAAAUUAUAACGCUGUGACAACAGUUGUUAUUGUUAUUUUAAAUGGUCCGUGGCUUACUUUUAGUUUAUAAUGUUGAAAACAACUGAUUAAGUGAUAUAUAUCUCAACGGUUUGUUGACGCAAACGAACGAUAAUUUGUUACACAUUUAUGAACUGUGAAGCCUCAGCUCGUCACCAUUUCAAUUAUGGAUUUGAGUACAUUUAAUAUUUAUUUUUAGCACCCUUUUUAAUAUUCAGACUGAGAUAAGUUCAUUUUGCCUGUAAGUUAUCAUCACGCACCGUGAAAAAAAGAAAGCGGCUGUGGUCACACCAUAUCACGGAUGGAUUAUGUGUCGACGCGAUAAGCUAUCUGCUACAUAGUAUGAACACCUAUCCGAUAUGUGACUCUCCACUAUAGAGACCUGCGCAGCUUUGCUCCGUUACAGACUCCCACCGAAAUCACCGUUCUUUAUCAGACUUGCACCCAGUCGCUAUUUAUGUGUUUUUGGGGUGAGAGAAGAUUGGGGGUUAGGUUGAGGCGCGCGCGGGGUCUCAUGUCAAGGGACGAAGGAAAAAUAGCGAAUCCGAUAUUUAAAACAUAUUUAACUUUUCUCUUGUUCUCCCAACAUCCCGCGCGGGUUAUUAACCUUAAGUAAAACGAAGUCGUUUCUAUGAGUUUACCGGCACAAUCAAAAGCGCAGGUUUUUAACCAAUCAAAACGCGCGUACUAUAUAUCUUGGUUAUUCUAUAAAGUGUGAGCAUAGCCUAAGAAAGCUUGAAUUAAUAAAAUGUUCAAUGACUCGGCAUUCAAUUUAAUUCAUGAUAUAUAUACCACCAAUUCCUCGUGUCUGGUUUUCGAUUUCUCUAUAAAGUAUUGAUACUGAGAGCCACACGAGUUAAGUGAUAAGAAAUAAUCAACUAGACGAUAACUGACGAUAUUAGCUCCAAGUUUUAGCGAAUGAAAUCUAACUUAGUUUUAUAUCGGCGAUGAGAACCACAAAAAUCGUCAAACAACCACAGUCUUUCACACUAAUCAACGGAUCUGGUCGGCAACAAACACUUUCAAAAAUCAGUUCAAAGUUUAAUAUCUAAACAAAGUAUAUUUUCUAACAGUCUAUUAUAACGCGGUUAUUCAAAAAAAAAAACAAGAAACAAACAAACAUACAAGCAAACAAAAACAACAGUAAAAACAACAACGGACCCCUGAAGAAACAGCUUCUAAAAAAAAUUAGCAAUGCUAUUGUUCAAACGAUGCCAAUCACCUGCCUUCGCGGGUUAAUAACCCCACCCAGAAAAUCGACACUAUCACCUGAUAAGGAUCUGCGAUAAGCCAUCGAUAAGAGAUACAAUCGUAUACCAUAAAUGCAAACAAUUAAAAUAAACGAACCGUAAACUUAGCCAUGAAAACUAUUUCCAAGAAUUCUCAGGAUUUAUCGUGACUUCCUAUGAAAUCUUUGGACAACAUGAAAUUCGCGAAAAUAUCGGGGAUAAUAAUCUCGGGGAUAAUAAUCUCCGGGAAUCUGCAAGAGCUUCCCUAAGUGAAUUGCACACGACAGAAAAUCCGGCUCGUGGACAUGUAUGUUUAGCUGACGCUAGAAUUCAGUUUCUAGAAAGCUUAUUCUCCGUCAUUCUGCUUAACUAUGGCUUUUGCACUUGACAUAUUAUAUUCAUACUGUCUUGGUAAUGUAAGCCUCGGUUAACUUUUCUUUUAAAAAUUUGCCUUGACUUUAUUGUGUCGAACUAAAAAAAAAAUAUAAGUUUGCCUUUUUUAAGGUCGGAAGAAUUUCUACAAAAUAGGCUGCUUUAUAUUAAGCUUUUUCAAGAUUGAUCGUCAAAUCUAGGGAGUGUCUGGGAAUAUAAAGUUGUUUAAAUCACGAAUUAUAAAUGCCUAUGGAUUGUCAGAGUCUGGGAAUUUCCCAGUUCCGAGGUACGGAUCUUGAACUUCAAUUCUGGUGCGCCGGGCAGUUAGAAAUUCCACGGUGUUCUUCAUAUCCGCUAUUAGAUGUGAGUAUGAGAUUGAUUGUUCCUUUUUUUACGAUAAAUUUGAUUAUACCAUAUAAAAACUAAAUUAGUUGAGUAUAUGCCCUUUCAAAGAGAAUUGAUAUAACAAUUUUUGUCUCAAAAGACAAUUGCAUUUGCUUUUAUUCCAUCAGAAUAAUAUGACCUUUGUGUGUUAUGCAUGGUUCAAUUUGACCUGUUACCAUGCCCCCACCCCCCCCCCCGACAUACCCCUAGCCUGCGUAGUAUGUAGCGGUAGCGGCAACGUGAUUUGCCCCACCUCCUACCCCCAGGACAGUACCGUUUCAAAGACUUUCGAGCGAAACGUUAGAGACACGGAAAUGACCUCGCAUCGAGCGAGUGCGCUUCCCUCACUAAAUCUGCAUGAAGAAAAAGUGAGAGACAGUUUGCAGUCUAAUGAGUAAGACUUGUUACACUGCUUUAUAAUAAACAUGGAAAAGAUGUCGAUAAAAACCAAAUAAGAAGGUUGUAUAGACCCCUUUUAGCAGUAGAAACGCGUAACCCUGUUUUCGAAAUGAUAAAGAAAACAAAAACGAAAGCCCGAAUGACGAAAUAACGAACAACAACUUAAAAAUAAUCUUUAGCGUGCCAGCAUUAAUUGAUGGCGCGAACCCUUCGCGUGGGACUGGUCGCGAAUCUUUAUGGAAAACCGCUUGCCAGGUGCAGUUUUACGGUUUCGCGCCAAAAGAAACACACGGUCAUAAAGCAUAACAAAUCCUUCUGGAAUGAACCGAUUCGGAGUUUAGACGCAUCGGAUUCAAAAUUAAUCGCCGUAUUUUUUUUAAGAAAGCAUAAUCCGUAUUUCAAUUAAAAAAGAAAAACUGCAACAGUUGUUUCGACCAACGGCAUAAUUCGCACCCAUAUAUUUUGUUCAGAUUAUUAUUAAUUCAAACUUCAACUAAAAUAAACUUUCAAAACAAAAUUCCUAAAGGCCAGGAAAUCUCCUUGCCGAGAUUGUUGUAAAACUUUCUCUUCGAUCGACCUCUUCUAAACAUUCAUUUUACCGCGGAAACUUUUCACGGCCACCGUCAUGACGCGCGCUGCAAACUUAGAAAACUGAUCAGCUUACACUGAAAUUCCUGCAGUUAUCGUAAAUAACUUGCAUCAUAUCCUAAUAAUCCUCAGAUUGUAUUUAUUUGUAUGGCACGAACAAGGAUGGCGCUUUUACGUAAAACAGCCAUUCGAAUAUCAGAAGUUUCCGCCAGUCCAAGUCGGCACUAAAAUGUUUUUCGAACUUUGUAUGGUUUUCGGUAUUUGUAUCAUAUAUUUUUUGUUUCUUCCAACAACUAACACAACAAACCGUCCGUUGACAAAAUAUAGAAGAAUAAACUUAUUGAGGAAGAGCUUACCGUGUUUGAUUGGGGAAGUUCUUACCUUGAAGAUGUUUUUCAGUUUUUUAGGGUGAUGCAGAUGGAAUUUUUUCUGGGCAUACACUACUUCAGAGAAACUGUAUUACACGCACUAAUAAUAAUUCCUUUUUCUUUCAGGAGGUCAGUCCCACGUAACUGGUGAAAAGCACAAGACUGAUUGAAUGAUGGCUAUUGCCAUUAUAACUUUCGUAUUUUUAAGAAAAAGCUUUUACACCAUGAUUUUUAUAUCACCUGGGUUUUGUGGUUAUUACUGGUGCAAAGGUUAAGUAAAAGUGAUAUUUCUUUUUAGAGUGAUUCAUUAACUUUUAUCGUUUCUUGAAGCACUUAUGAGAUAAAGAAAAUUAUUUUAAUGUAAUUUUUGUUGAGUAGGCGAACCUUCCCUAAGCUUGAAUGCCGCUGUUUUUUUAUUAUCAUUAUUAUUUUUCAUUUUCCAUUUCAUUCGUUUUGUUUUUGUUCAGUUUACUUUAGCGACUUUUAGAUCCGACAUCGAAAACACGAUACUCGGCAAAACAAGUACUGGUCACGACUUUGGGAUAUUGUCGCAGCUUACUGUACCAUCCGAAACUAUAACUUCUUCCUGUUGCUGCCGGAAUAGCGCAUAAAUAAACGUUACGGUUAGAUUAGUGCGAUAAGCGAUUUAAAUUAAUAAAUUAAAAAAAGUAACUUGUAUUCCAGCGACUCAAUGCAAGUUGUGCCUACUUGUCUAACCUAAAAGUCCCUAAUACUUUUAAUUAUAUGUACGGCAAAAUAUUCCUUCGAAGACUCAAAGCGAUGAGCUUUUUUUUUUACUUUAAUGCAGAACCAGUAAAUAUACAUCACUUCUUAAGUUUUGAAAUUGUUUAAUUAACAUUGAAUUAUUUAAAUUUCAUGACGUUAUAAUGGUUUAGGCAAGCCCAACCUCACCUUUCAAGUUCUGUAGGGCGACUUCAGCAACUAAAUGUGGACGGCAUAUGAGAAAAUGCGACUGUAAAACGAAGUUAAACGAUUAAAAAGCUACACAUUUACACUAUUACUUAGUGAAUUAUUUCGGUAUAGCUUGUCGGAUCGGGUGUCGAGAGGUUUAAUUGAUUUUUGGAUUCAGAUACUUCAAAGCUCUUCAGAAAGGGAAUUUAACUUUUAUUAGCUAUUAUUAAUGAUACACCGGAAGACUCUCACUUACUAUUUUUUUUAGUGAUUUUAUAGAUGAAAAAUAAUAAAAAAGCCGUUAUGUUUAAGUAAGAGUGGUAAGAAGUCCAUCUUCUUUGCAUAUAAGUUAUCUUUACUGAACCAAUAUCUCUUAACGAAUGCCUUUCGUACCGAUAUCAGUUCUAAAUGUGCACUUAAUAUAAAUUGAAUUAGCUCAUCUGAUUAUUUUGUAAAAGUGGGUAACUCAUUGAGAAGAGGUUUUCGUGUGUAAGUUAUAAAUGAAUCAAUUUUUUUUUCCAUUAAGCUAAAAAUCAAACAGACUGUCUUUAUUUUUAACUUGCUGACAAUGAGCGUAAAAAUGUUUUCAAACUUUUGUUAAUCGGGUAGUACCAGUAUGUACAGACUGACAAAUUCGUUCAUGGUCAAUAUCAAAUUGAACUUAGAAAUCGGACAUUUGGAGAAUGUGUUAAGGGUACACAUUAAAGGUAAUUGUUAAAGGUACUAAAUUAUUUUCGUUUAGCUAGUGGUCUAUAUAUUUCUUAUAUGGAAAUAUAUUCGAAGGAAAAAUUUUUCGAGCUUUUGUAUGGUAUUACUGACUAUUAUAAGUACGCACGUGCAAGCCUGACAAAUUCGUUCAUCGUGUCGAUACAAUAUGAAAUGAACUAAAAAUCGUGGUCUUAUUUUAGUUUUCGACGUCUACUGCAGUGUUAACAUUAGACAUAGUAUGCGACAAAAUUAACAUAAAUCCCGAUGACAUAUUAAUGGUAAAGCACAAAAAGAUAUAAGCUACCUUUAAUUAGCCUGGAGUUGAAACACUUCUUUCGACGUUUAACCUUCUUGUCCUCGCACCGCACCGAGACUACAGCAAACUAUAAUAAGGCCAGUGACGAUUUCCCUUAACCUUCAUCUAUAAUCUGAUAUUUCUACAACGCAUUGUCGAUAAGAUUUAAGGGAAAAAAAUAUUAAAAUUAGAAAAAACCCUACCAUUGCCGACCAAAGGUUGCUAAAAGAACGUGAUAGUAAAAAGGGCACACUGGAACAGACAACAAUUACUAAGUUCCGUCUCAAACUAUUUUUUAAGUCUUGGUUAAUGAAAGUGUGAAUCUGAAGCUCUGAUACGAUAAAAACUUUAAUGGAAUGGGCGUACUCAACGUUCAAAAUAUUUAAAUGAGAAAUCAAGUUUUUCUUUAUUAAAGAUUGAAUUUUUUUCUCUGCCGCUAGAUGACUUGACAGUGUAAAGAACAGAGAUCUAAAUGAAUAAACGGAACUUUGGUUGUAAAGCAAAAAGCUGAAGAAGGGAAAGUAAACGUAUUAGUACUUUAAACCAUUUAAACCAUAACUUAUAAAAAGGGCGAGGAUAUCUUUUUAUCCGAAUGUCUUUGAAUUUUGCUUCUCUACGCCGCUCAUCGAUUGGUCCUUAUUCACUUCUACAGAAGUAAAUGCAAGAGGAAAAUAUUUAAGUAAAAAAGAAGAAGAAAAAAAAAACCUUUUGAUUAUAUUAAAA